AAAAGAACACCAGUAGUCAAAACCCUCCACAGUGCUUGCUUUGAGUGAGUGGGUCUUGUUUUCUUUCUAUUUUUUCUUUUUCUUUUUUUUGGUCAAUUGGGUCUUUGUUUAGUGUUCAUAAAUACAGCUUUACUCUGGUGCUGCUUGCUCACAGAGCCAAAAACAUUGAUUGAUAGGAGGAGGAGAGAUGGGCAGCGGCGGCGGCACAACAGAUGAAAGGGUUUCAGUGCCGAUGGGCCUAUUACCCGGAAUUAAAUUCUCUCCCACCGACAAGGAACUGCUUUCCUUUUACUUGAAGAAGAAAAUAGCAGGCGAGGACUCAGAAUUCAGCAACAUCAUGCCUGAAAUCAAUUUGAGAGAGCACGAGCCUCGUGAUCUGCCAACUGAGUUCUUCUUCAGCGAACCUGAUUACAUGUCCCCCAACGGCGAUAGUUGCUACAGGACCACGAAUCGGGGCUUUUAUAAAAGCACAGGCAAGCCUCGUGGGAUCGAGGAUGAACUAUCCAAAGCUGUGAUUGGCGAGAAGAGAUAUAUGCCUUUCUACGAAGGUCGUGCGCCCGAACACAAGCUGACCGAGUACGUCCUGCAUCAGUUUUCUCUCACCAAAACUGAACUCGCCAAACUGGCUCCUAAUCGGGAGUUUGUUCUAAACCACCUAACAAUUAAGAAGGGUUCAACUAAGGCGCGUAACCCUAAACCCAAUUAUAAGAAGCGGAAGUAUGAUUCAAACUGCGAUAAAUUAGCUGAACGUGGUAUUCCUGGCUACAUCGCCUCCAAUUAUAAAGAUGAUCAAGCUGCUGCUGCUGCUAAUAUGAUUCCAGAGCCUGAAGAGCAUCUCGCAGUCGAAGAUGUUCUGCUUGGCAGUGAGAAUCGAAAUGAAUGUGCCGAGUCAGAGUCUGCAAAUGGUUCUCGUCUUAUAAACAAUAAUGAUAGUUCAACCCUUGCUGUUGGUUCACCUGGCGGCUGCUUCCCAUCUGGUUAUGGUAAUGUAGCUGCGAAUGAUCCUUUUCGUGAGGUUUCCUUUCAGCCAGAAGGAAAUCUGAUAUCACCCUUUCAUCCAUCUAGCCUACGGGAUAUUCCUCUGAGGUCACCAGUGCACACAGGACUACUGGAAGAUGUUGUGUGUGUCAAUAACUCUAUCCUUAUUGGCAUGCAAUGAUGAGUCGCAAUCUUUAGAUAAUCUGGAGUUUACGAUUCUUUUUCCCCCAAAGUUCUUGAAUAAUUUCAUUGGUGACCAAGAUUAUUAUCCUGUGUAGAAACAACAUGCACUAUAUUUACAGUGACUCUGAUCUACUAGAGCCAUUGGGAGGAGUGUAUGAUAGCUAUAGUGGAGUGAGAGGUGAGAAGAACACUGAAUUACUCCAUGGAUGGGUAGUAGUUUUUUUCUGCAUUAGUACUGCAACAUAGAUAGUGAACCGCAACAUUUUAGUUAUAGGAGAACAUCAAUAGAGGCCUUGUAAACCACAAGAGGUCUUGGAAGGGUAGAACAUCACCCUUAUCUACUGGAGGAUUUGGAAACUUGUUGAUAGUUGUAGAACUUUAUGUCGGACAGGACAAACGACACAGGUUAAGUCUGUUCUUGUUCUUUCGGCCAUUGCUCAGCAUUCCCAAGUAUUGGAAACUUCAAACUUGUUAAGUGAACAUGAGAACCACCGGCAAGUGCUAAUGUUUGAGAUGCCAUCUGGAACUCUACUCUUCUCUGACGAGUCUGAACCAAAAACAAAAAUGUAUUUUCUUAGUAGUAGUACUGUGGAGACGGCGUCUCUCCCAAUUGUCUUCAAAUAGUAUACUCUCUUAAUCAUAGGACACACAUACCUCAAUAUCAACCAGCAUCCAUUCAUGUCUUCACACACGGGAGGUGCUCCGAGAAGAAUCCGACUGCAAAGCUGUAUCACAGGACAAGGUUAUGGAUGCUGCAGAGUAUUGUUUUGCUCUUCAUCUGCAAACCAAGUCCUGGAAGCAUACGGUUUGAAGCAGGCAACAAUAGGGUUCUUUCAUGUUCUUGGAAGCAUCUCCUUGAAACCAUUAAUCAAGUCCCCGAUAUUUUGGUAACAAGUUCUAGCUCUAGCCUUGAUACCCAGGCUUCCGUUCUAGCUCUAGCCUUGAUAAACCGAAACCAUUAAUCAAGUCCCCGAUAUUUUGGUAACAAGUUCUAGCUCUAGCCUUGAUACCCAGGCUUCCGUUCUAGCUCUAGCCUUAAUACUCAGGCUUCCGUACUAGCUCUAGCCUUGAUACCCAGGCUUCCGUUCUAGCUCUAGCCUUGAUACCCAGGCUUCCGUUCUAGCUCUAGCCUUAAUACUCAGGCUUUCAUUCUAGCUCUAGCCUUAAUACUCAGGCAUUUGUUCUAGCUCUAGCUUUAAUUCUCAGGCUUUUGUUCCCAAGUUUCUAGCUCCACCCUUGUACUCGGGCUUUCGUUCCGUCUAUUAUUCUUGAAGUGACAUCAUACAUGAUCUGCUGCUACAUGGCUGCUGGAGUCUCAAUAUACAAUACAAUAACCAGACGCUAAUCUGACGUCGUGGUUAAUCGUAUGGAAGUUUUGAGGUUCCAUCCUUAAUGGAGUAGUAGUUACAAUCAGUGUAAAACUGUAUGAUUAUGAUAGGCUUAAAACCUAUCUAUCACCUUCAGGUUGAAACACCCAAAUCCUACAAUCAAAAAUUGUAUUCUUGUAAAGUUUGUUUUUGUAAUUGGCCUGUAUCAACUGCUGCGGUCCCUUUGUGUACUGUAUCAUCAGUGUUAAUAUUGUGUAUUUAGAACCUUUCAGUGUUGAAUGUAAUUUUGUGUAUUAUAUUUCUCUUUUUCAUGUUUCAA